AAUGAGUAAUAUAAGUAUUAGUUUGGGACCCAACUUGAAAGUAUUCUCUUACGCCAAUCAGGAGAGUAUUGUAACUGCAUUGAAAGAGAGAACAUUAACAAGCUUCACUGUGACUAUUGAUUGGGAAAAUGGAACAAAAACGGAAGAAAAGGGAAACAUAAGUGCCCUUCCUAAUCUUUGUCCGCCCAUUUUAAGCAGAGUGUACUGUAAUGUCUCUUUAACGACAACUUAUAGCUCAAGAUCCGGUUCGUCAACAAUAGAAUAUAAUUAUGAUAGUGAUCUAAAGUUUUAUCUAGAGAAGAAAGCUCUGAAUAGAGUUUGGUUUCAUGAAAGUACUAUUGAACAACUAUUGAACACUUAUCCUUACUCGCCUGAUGACAAUGAACUUAAGAGGAUAGAACAAGAAAAUUAUGUACCUUUGAUUGAGUUACACUGCCAAGUAGAUGGUUGCUCAAAAAAUAUUAUUUUUCAAUGGUUUGAAAUGAAAUCGAAUGAAAUUGAAUUAAUUGGUAAUACAUCUAUGGUUCUCGUUCGAAAAUAUUCAACUGAUAAAAAUUCAACUUAUACUGGCUCCAAACGAAAGUAUUUUUGCAUUGCCACAAAUGAGCUUGGUUCGACUAAAUCUUCUAUUAUCACUAUAGUUGAAACUCAACCUUACAAAUACUCGAAUAAAACUAUCAGAACGUUAAACUUGCCAAGAAAUUCUCCGGUAAACUUAGAGUGCAGUAUACCAGCAGAUUUCAAAUACAGAACAGAUAGAGGAGUUCUUGGAAUAAAUCCAAGCAACGAAAAUGAUAAAUAUUCCUUCUAUACGAAAACAAUUUUUGGUCAACGACCAAAUUCACCCUACGCAUCAAUGAAGAUAUCAAAGUUAAAAUCAAAUCAUUCUGGUCGAUAUUGUUGUUAUUAUAUACCACAAACUGAAAAUUUAAAAUCUGAACCAGAGUCAAAAUAUAAUUAUAAUUGUACAAUUAUAAAUAUUGACGCAACAAAGCAACCGCUUCGCGAAGAUUGUAAGGACGAUGAAGAAUAUGUUAAAUUAAAUGGUUCAACGACAGAAAUUAAUAUUCUAGAAGGAAAUUAUAGUACAUUAUCGAGUCUUGUUUGCGAAUUAUCGGAGAAAAACAAAUUCAAAUGGACAUUCGAAAGAGCCAAUAAAUUAUCUCCAUAUCCUUUAUUUACUAUGUACAAAUCGGACAGUUAUCGUAGAGUCAAUUAUUCUCAGUAUUGGAUUGAGAGAAACGGAUUGUUUUUUGAGUCUGAUUAUCUACAUAGAGAAAACGCCGGAUUAUGGAAUUCUUCGUGGUUCGAUCAGGUUACUGGAACGUGGAACAAUAUAAGUUAUAAAGUAAACGUGAUACCACAUCCGACAGUAAGGAAUAAUUUAAACAUUUCGGCACUUUAUGGAGAUGAUGUAAGCAUAAAAUGCGAUAAUUAUCCGUCAGAUACAAAUGUAAUCCUUACAAUCAACGGAAAACAACAAGAGGAAGGCCAGAAGGUUAUUCAUUUGAGAAACGUUACAAAGCCAGCAUCGAUUGCCUGCGAAGUUAGUAACAAAAACGGAAUUCAUAGGAAAAUAGGAUAUUUGACAGUAUACGAAAAAACACAGAUCGUUGUCAAACCAAAGAAUUUGUCGUUUUCUUAUCUUAGAAAUGACUAUUCAUUCGAUUGUAUCCCAAAGACAGAUCAUAGAUUGAAAGUAUCUAUACAAUGGGACACUGCGUAUUUUAAAGUUGAUCCUUCAAGACAUUUAAAAAAUUCCAACUGUACUUUAGUGGUAAGCGCUCAGGAAAUAUCUGAUUCUUCGCUCACUACAUCGUUCACUUGUAUUGUAAAAACUAAAUACGAUACUGUUACUGCUUCAGCAAAAAUAUCUAAAUUAAUUAAGCAUGAUACAUCUCAACUGAAAUAUAAAAGUAAGGAAUCUUAUUUAGGAGUAAUGUUUAUAAUAUUUCCUGGUCUUCUAUUGGCAAUUAUGCUAAGCGUUAGCGUGAUUUUUGUUAUAAAGUAUUACAAAGAUAAAUAUUCGUUUGUGGGCGGUAGAAAAGUUCGAUUACCUUCUGAGAGCUCUGAAAAUUGUCUUGCAACUAAAUCCGUACCGGAACAAUCGGAUACGGAAAAUAAUCCAUCUAGCUCUGAGUCUCUAGCAACAACUGUGUACCAAGAUAAUCUCUCAUAUACGGUUGUCGAAGUUUUACCACCAUUUCGAACUUAUGACGAAAGUUUACGAAAGGAAAUAACUCAAAUGUUCAUUCCAAACGAUUGUCUACGAGUGCAAAAUACAUGUAUUGGAACGGGAAAUUAUUCGUGCGUUCGUAAGGCGGAAUUAUAUUCUGUAUCCUUAAAAGAUGGAUCGGCGAGCAAUUACCAAAUUGUAGCUGUAAAAAAGAAGAAAUGUGAAACAUGCGUAAAGGGAAGCAAUAUCGAGAUGUCUCCUGAUUUUUUAUUGCAAGAAGCUGUCUCUAUGAGGUCAUUAAAUCACCCUAAUGUUUUGCAUACGAUAGGUGUUAGUUUUGAUAUUCGAAAUAAUCCGCUGGUAGUUAUUCCCUAUAUGGAAUUAAAGGAUUUAAAAACUUACGUUUCGGAUGAAAAACUGCAAAUAACACUGAAGGAAUUAGCGGACUUUUGCCGGCAAGUAGCUUGCGGUAUGGAGUACUUAAGCUCUUUGAAUUUUGUACACAGAGAUCUAGCUGCUCGAAACUGCCUAUUGAACGAAUCAAAAAUAGUCAAAAUAUCCGAUUUCGGAUUGACAAGGAAAAUAGAGAACAGCGAUUAUUACAAGAUUCUUAAUCCUAGACCUUUACCCGUAAGGUGGAUGGCUCCUGAAAGCAUAUUUCAACAACAUUUUAAUAGUGCAAGUGAUGUGUGGUCUUUCGGAGUUCUAAUGUGGGAGGUAGUUAUGAGAGGUAAAACGCCAUGGGAAGGAUUCCAUUUUGAAGAAGUUAAGCAAGCUCUAAGUCGUGGAAUAAGAUUAAAUCUACCAUCUUAUUGCGACAAUGAGUUAAAAAGGAUUAUAGAAAGCUGCUGGAGAUUUUAUCCUCAACAAAGGCCAUCAUUCCGAAACUUACUUGAUUCAUUAAGCGAUUACUUAGCAGAAGCUACUUAG